UUCACAGGCUCUUCUACUUCUCCUUCAUCCCCAUGAACAAACGCAAAAACAGAAUAAAAGAACCCCCCGAAAGAGAACAAAAAGAACCAAAAGGAGAGACUUCAUAGGAAUCAGCUCAGUCCCCCCAAAAAAAAAGGGGGAAACAUCUCACGGUUCAUUUGGAGAGAGAGGGGAAGGGAAUGGAGCAGAAUGUACAGAUGAUGAGCAUGACGAGAGGUAGAGUCUUGCAGUGUUGCGACCGCUCUAUCGCAUUCGCAUGCAAAGGGUUGCCAAAUUUGCCGACACGAAGAGGAGGGGUGAUGCUGGAGAAGUCCGCUCUCAACUUCUCGCUGUCUUCUCCUCCUCCUCCUCCUCCUCUCAGCAUUAGGCGCCAGAGGAAGUCUAGCGUACUCUGCAAGGCUCGUGACGCACUAGAUGAAGUACGAGUGGUGACCGACUCGAGCUGGGACAACCUGGUUAUCAGCAGCGAGAACCCCGUCCUGGUGGAGUUCUGGGCGCCAUGGUGCGGACCCUGCAGGAUGAUAGCCCCAGUCAUCGACGAGCUGGCCAAGGAGUACGCCGGCAAGAUCGCCUGCUACAAGCUCAACACCGACGACUGCCCUACCAUUGCCACGCAGUACGGGAUCCGAAGCAUCCCGACCGUCCUCUUCUUCAAGAGUGGCGAGAAGAAGGAGAGUGUGAUCGGGGCCGUCCCCAAGUCCACCUUAUCUGCCACCAUUGAGAAGUACCUUGAUCUGUGAAUUGUGAGAGCCUCUCAAAACAUUCACUCUUCAGGAUUUUGCCUCAGUGCUUGUACUACAUUACUUGAUGUGUUCAUAAGACCCAUUCUCAUGAAACUCAGAUAUUAUAGUACAUGAAAAUACUGCCAUUUUAAAUCUACCGUUUCUUUGUGGGUGAA